AAAAACUUUCGUGGAUCGCGGUCCCCUUCCCGAAGACGCGGCCCACAUGUCGUAGAUGAAGGAGGAUUAUUUGGAACGAGAGGGUGUGCAAGUGCGCGCCAGCGGAACGGAGGAACCGAAUAUUUAAUCCUGAUACUCGUUUGCCCCACAACACAAACGCCAUUAGCACAAUGGGCAAGGCAUCUCUGCUCAUCUGCUGUGCUCUUUUCAUUCUGUUCGCGACAUUGACGAGUGGAGAAGAAAACCACCCGCAACGUGCAGGCGAUGAGGCUGCGCCAUUGGAAAGUGCCCAGCCUGAGCCUGAAGUGGAUCCUCCGCAGGGGGAGAAAGACGGCGAAGUGCCGGAGUCUCACGAUCCCUUAGAACAUGACAAGCACCCCGAGGAAACGGAACAUGCGGAGGAAAUGGAAAACGCCGAGCAACGGGUGCAGGAGGAUCCGGACCACCCUCACGACCGAGAACACAACGAAGCGGGAGCCACCGGCAGGGCGAAAAAGCAGCGACGAGGCGAGAUGGACGACGAACAUACCAUUCACUUUGCCGAGCUUGAGCCACGAAUGCUGCAGAACAGGAGUCACCUUGUGCAUGACGUUGAUGACAAUCCGCAUGGCUUUGAUCCAGUGGAGGGAAUCAACUUGCCACAUCUAACAUUUGAGGACUUGUUCCACGCCAUCGACAAGGACACAGACGGCAAGAUCGACACGGACGAGCUCUCCGCCUGGCUCAAGCACAUCACGGCCAUCAGCGAGGCUCACAGUGCAGCCGAGCAGUGGAACAUCGUCGAGAAGGCCAGCCAGAAACUCAUGUCCUGGGAUGAAUUCGAGGCCAUAUUCGGCAAGCAUCUCUACGAGUCGGAUCCGCGUCCCAAGGACCAAGUGGACCAUGAUAGACAGCAGCUGGAGGCACACAUACGCAUGAUAGAGCGUCGCUGGCAGCACUGCGAUCGUAAUCACGACGGCAUGAUGAGCUUCGGCGAGUUCAUCGACUUCCAGCAUCCCCAGAACAAGCCCUAUCUCAGUUCACUGCACUUCGAGGAGAUCUUGGAGGAAAUAGAUAUCGAUAAGGACGGUCAAGCUUCUCUCAACGAAUUCCUAAUCAAUGGUCAUCCUCCCGAUAGUCCGCUUGUUGAAUUCCUGAAAGACAACAACUUUGACACGUCGCAUUUUGACCAGAACUUAGUUCUCUUCCCCAAUGGCAGUCGUGUCAGUGAGGAGCUGUUUUCUGAGAUCAAGAUCUUUGCCAAUGAGUUCGACAAGAAUGGAGACUGGUUCUUGAAUCGGGAUGAAGCACGUGUAUGGAUUGUUCCAGAGCACAUUGUGAUUCCCUGGGAGGCAGAAGCGCAAGACCUGUUGCGGAAGCUGACCCCUUUGCGUGCCCGGGAUCAGCUGACGUCCAUCUCCAUGGCGCUGUUCUUGGCCAACAAGGAAGCCUUCAUCGAAAGUGCGGCAACCAACUAUGGGGAAAUCAUCGCCAAAGAAAACGCCAGCGACAAGGAUACGAAGAAGGAGGAAAGCGAACAUGAUGAAUUGUAAUUUAGGGAAAUGUAGGCCUCCGCUGUAUUCUGUUAGAGUGCUGCCACAGGCUAGCAUGCCUUCAAAUUGUCUUUCCUGUAUUUAGGGCAUUGGUAGAGAGGCUGCACUUACUCAUGGGUAGCAGCUAUAAAUAUUUUAAAAGAAAUGUUAUUUUACAAGUUCAUGGCCGUAUGGUUUGAAGUGGCUGAAAGGCGCCAUAACUCGCCAUGCUCACAUGAGCAUCCAUUCUAUUAGAGAAGCUGUAGCUUUAGCCUGAGGGUGUAUCUGACCGGUACUUAGUCCAUCGGUGCUGUGAACAACACCACUGAUGAUAAGUUGACUAUACAGACCCUUUCUCUCUCUCUCUCUCUCUCUCUCUCUCUCUCUCUCUCUCUCUCUCUCUCUCUCUCUCUCUCUCUCUCUCUCUCUCUCUCUCUCUCUUCUUUCCCUCUCUUGCUCUCUCUCCCUUUCCCUCCUAAUGCACGAACACACACAGACAACACGCGUAUACUCAUACAUGUGUCUGACACCAUAAACAAGUUUACCUCCCCUGAUGCAGAUCGAGUUAAUUUUAUUCUUUUUGUGGCCAGACGAAAAAUUAUAUUUAUUGCUGAUUUAAUAGGUGAGCUGCUCGUAUUCUCAUCGCUAUCUUUGCUAUUGAAAGGAGAGUAAUAGUGUAGUAUGAUGCCUGGGCACAUCUUGUGUUUAGUGCUGUGAA